UAUUGGCCUACUGUAGUGAACACAAAGCAUCCCCGAUGAAUUUUCGACACGCGAAGAGAGCAUUAAAGAGAGCAACAUGCGUUUCAUCAUUGCUGGCACUGACGUUAUCCCAACACUCGGUUUUGAUUUUAGUUUUCAAGUGAAUCUCGUUGAUGGUGUAACGUGCGCGCAUUGCCUUCCAUCGUCGCCACUCUGCGUUUUAGCGGUGUGAGUCGCACAAUAACAUGGAGGAUCCCAAUCGUAUGAUGGCACAUACAGGUGGUAUGAUGGCCCCACAGGCAUACGGUAUGCCGGGUCAGGAUGACGGCCAAAACGCUGGAAAUGAAAAUGAGGUACGCAAGCAAAAGGAUAUUGGCGAAAUCUUGCAGCAGAUCAUGAGCAUUUCGGAGCAGUCACUGGAUGAAGCGCAGGCAAGAAAGCAUACUUUAAAUUGUCAUCGUAUGAAGCCGGCCUUGUUCUCCGUACUAUGCGAGAUUAAGGAGAAAACCGUCCUUUCUAUUCGCAAUACGCAAGAAGAGGAACCUCCAGAUCCACAAUUAAUGCGUCUGGAUAAUAUGCUAAUUGCUGAGGGUGUUGCAGGACCAGAGAAAGGUGGCGGCGGAGCAGCAGCCGCUUCAGCAGCUGCAGCAAGUCAAGGAUCUUCCUUGUCGAUCGAUGGCGCAGACAAUGCUAUUGAACAUUCGGACUAUCGUGCCAAGCUCGCACAAAUUCGUCAGAUAUACCAUCAAGAGUUGGAGAAAUAUGAGCAGGCUUGCAAUGAGUUCACCACACACGUGAUGAACUUACUUCGAGAACAAAGUCGGACCAGACCAAUUACGCCUAAAGAAAUUGAGCGAAUGGUUCAAAUUAUUCAUAAGAAAUUCAGUUCUAUACAAAUGCAGUUGAAGCAGUCGACAUGUGAGGCUGUUAUGAUAUUACGGUCUCGGUUCCUCGACGCUAGACGCAAACGCCGUAAUUUCAGUAAGCAAGCUUCCGAAAUCCUAAACGAGUAUUUCUACAGUCAUUUAAGCAAUCCGUAUCCAUCGGAGGAAGCAAAAGAGGAGUUGGCGAGAAAGUGUGGAAUAACUGUUUCGCAAGUCUCUAACUGGUUUGGUAAUAAACGUAUUCGUUACAAAAAGAAUAUAGGUAAGGCACAGGAAGAAGCCAAUCUAUAUGCAGCUAAGAAAGCAGCUGGUGCUUCUCCAUAUUCAAUGGCAGGGCCGCCCAGCGGUACUACAACACCCAUGAUGUCACCAGCUCCACCACAGGAUUCCAUGGGGUAUCCAAUGGGUUCAGGCGGCUACGAUCAACAGCAGUAUGACAACAGUAUGGGCGGUUAUGAUCAUACUCUACAUCAGGACCUUAGUCCUUGAGGCGGUUUAACAUACCGCAAUUAAAAUGUAUACGAGCAAAAGUGAGCACACGAAAUUCACUUUUCAAGUAAAUUAAUGAAGGCGUUUUUUCAAUUUGAAAUGUACAAAAGUUGUUAUAAAAAAAGUAAAACUAAAAGAAUUUCAAUCGAAAGUUGCAGUUUAAUCUAAUCGAAAUAGUUCUCAACUUUGUAUUAUAGUAACGUUUCAGAGCAAGUAGUGAAAAACUUGAUUUGUCUGUUUUGUCGUAUUGGAUUUAGGUUAUUUAAUUUCACACCACAUGCCUUUAUUUAAAUAGAAUAUAUUUUUACAUAAUAUAACUAUACAAUUAAUAUGAGUUGAUAUGUUAUCUAACUCGUUGCAAAAAUAAUAUUAACAUUUAAUUAGGCUUUCUCUUUUUAUUUAUUUUUUAUUCUUAUUCUUAUAUUUUUAUUUUUUACGAUUUUGAUCACUUCAAUCUAUGAGUUCACUUUUGCUCCAUACAGGCAUACGCAAUUAAUAAUAAUGUAUACGUAAUAUUGCAUACGAUAAAAUGUAGGCAUCUAUAUAUAAUUUGAAUUAAGCAUAACAAACUUUUAUUGAAAUGAAAAACACCGUAUACGAAACUUUAGAUAUAAAUAACAUACGUAAGUAAAAAAAAUAUAAAGAAAAAAUAUGUGCAGAUAACAGCUAUCAGAUCUACUAUUUUAAAUGUACGAACGAUAGCAGCUAACAAUAGAGUGCAAAUUUGAUGAAAGUACAUGUGCGAAAAAAAAUAUUGCUUUGCAAAAUCCAAUUUACGAUAUUUGUGUUCACCAUUUUGGCACAACCUUUUCACUGAUAAUGCAAUAGCGUUUCCUAAAAAUUUAUAGAAUAUGAUAUGAUUAUGCUGCUACAACAACUGAUAAUGCAUCUCAAAGCAAGAGUAAAAAUUUUACAAUCCGAAAAUAGAAGAAUAGAGUUAAAAGUUUCCUCAAUAAAAAUGAGCCAAUAUGCUUAUCUACUACCUAUGUAAUUAUUGUACUUUCGGCCAACAUUCUUCAAGUAUUUAAUAGAAAGUAUUGUAACAUGUUCUCUAAUAUGAAUAUCAAAAAGCAUCACCUUCAAUUUAUAAUGUGUAAUUAUUUUAAAUAAAUAAAGUACGUAAAACUGUGGCGAACAA